AGAGGAAGCCUGCUGAGAGUGACUCAUCCACAGAGGUCACACAGCAUCACUUCCACUGUACUCUGUUGAUUGAAAUGGAUACAAGUCUGCCUGGAUUCAAGGGGAAGGAACUUAGACCUCUCAUCUUUAUGAAAGGUUCAGUCAGCUGUGAACUCAACUAACUGUGGAUCAAAGAUACUUGAAAAAAACUUCCAGAAAAUUCCACAAGAAAUCCUCUUAAAAGGACAAGGAGAUUGAGAUACACAGACUUCAUAUUCUCUGAAGCUUGGAGACGUCUUUCACUCUGAACCAGAGAAUAAGAGGAGUGAAGUGGAGCAAAGUGAAAAUGCCUCGUGUAAAAGCAGCUCAGGCUGAAAGACAGGGCCCUGCAAAGAGACGUCUUGCAGAACAUUUUGCAGCUGGGGAGAUAAUCACUGAUAUGACCAAAAAGGAAUGGAAACUGGGGUCUCCCGUUGGCCAAGGAGGCUUUGGUUGUAUAUAUCUUGCUGAUAUGAAUUCUUCAAAAUCCGUGGGCAGCGAUGCACCCUGUGUUGUAAAAGUGGAACCCAGUGAUAAUGGACCUCUUUUUACUGAAUUAAAGUUCUACCAGCGAGCUGCCAAACCGGAACAAAUUCAGAAAUGGAUUCGUACCCAUAAACUGAAGUACCUGGGUGUCCCUAAGUACUGGGGGUCUGGUCUACAUGACAAAAAUGGAAAAAGUUACAGGUUUAUGAUAAUAGAUCGCUUUGGGAGUGACCUUCAGAAAAUAUAUGAAGCAAAUGCCAAAAGAUUUUCUCGGAAAACUGUCUUGCAGCUAAGCUUAAGAAUUCUGGAUAUUCUGGAAUAUAUUCAUGAGCAUGAGUAUGUACAUGGAGAUAUCAAGGCCUCAAAUCUUCUUCUCAGCUACAAGAAUCCUGACCAGGUGUACUUGGUAGACUAUGGCCUUGCUUAUCGAUACUGCCCGGAAGGCGCUCAUAAAGAAUACAAAGAAGACCCCAAAAGAUGUCACGACGGCACGAUUGAAUUCACCAGCAUCGAUGCGCACAACGGUGUGGCCCCGUCAAGACGUGGUGACUUGGAAAUCCUUGGUUAUUGCAUGAUCCAGUGGCUUAGUGGCCAUCUGCCAUGGGAGGAUAAUUUGAGAGAUCCUAAUUACGUCAGAGAUUCCAAAAUUAGAUACAGAGAAAAUAUUGCAAGUUUGAUGGACAAAUGUUUUCCUGAGAAAAACAAGCCAGAUGAAAUUGCUAAGUACAUGGAAACAGUGAAGUUACUGGAUUAUGUUGAAAAACCUCUUUAUCAAAAGCUACGAGAUAUUCUUUUGCAAGGACUGAAAGCUAUAGGAAGCAAGGAUGAUGGCAAGCUGGACCUCACUGUUGUGGAGAAUGGAAGUUUGAGAACAAAACCAGUGGCAAAGAAGAGAAAGAAAGAAGCUGAGCAAAGUGUAGAAUGUAGUGUUGAAGAUAUGGAAUGCUCGGAUAAACAGACUGAAGAGGCUACACACACCCGUUCAAAAACCAGAAAGAGAGUCCAGAAGUAAAUACUGUGAACUGGCUUUUCUUUUCUUCCUUUCAUUUGGUUUUCCUCCUUUCAGUUUGACCUUUUCCUCUUUUUCUGUAUUAAGUGUUUUAUUUUCAUGUGAGUCUUAUGGAAAUGGGGGUAACAAUGAAGUAAGUACCUAUGUGUUUGAAAAGCAGACUUUUUUAAAUUAAAUAAAUACUUUAUACAAUUUAUUAAAGCCUAAUUUAUAAAAUUUAACAAUUUUAAGGUUAUACCCUUUAAGUUGUCCCAUGCAGUUUGUUUGCACUUUUAAUUGUUGUAUGUUUUCCAGAGUAUAAAUGUCUGACAAAAGCCUUACUUUUAAGGAAAUACACAACUUAAAAAUAAAGGUCUUUUUUUGCUUGAUACAAAUACACAGUUUGUUGUGACCAUAAGAUUUUAGUUUGUAUUGAUUUCAUUCAGUUUCACAAGCAUUUAUUAAUCACCUGCUAUAUGAAAUGAGAGAUACAAAAAGAAGGGAAAGGAUUAUGGAAGGAAACAUAAUAAGUGUAUGACUGAGAAAUGAAAUAUGUAUUUGAAAGAUUACAUGAGAGUUAGUUAAGUGUGCAAGCUAUAUGAUAAGAAAACAGUAUCACAUGGUGGCAUGAUCAGAGAUUUUAUAGACUGGCUUCCUUUAAGGAAAUACUGUCAAAUAUAUACAUAUGACUUAUUGUUCAUUUACAGGAGAUUGUUUUUCUUACAAGUUUUUUUAUUUUUUUGUAGUGUAUAUUUGUACAGAAAACCAAACACUUCAGAGUUUAAGUGAUUAGAAAUUUUAAAAUGUGGACUUCUUAUAGUUGCAUUAGAAAUAAAGCUUGGAAUUUAAA